UGGACGUCAUCGCGACUGUUUCGCCGCCUCCCCUCCUCUCACAAUCCAUUCACUCAACACUGCAACAAACCAAGAGAGACACCAUGAUGACCAAGUUCUUCCAUGCGCUGCUGUUGCUGCUAUUCCAGCCUUCUCUGGUUCCUGCAUUAGCAUUUGGCACAGGUUCUAUACUAUCAACAGGUCCCGAGACUGCACCUUUGACCAGCAGCAGACGUCAGCUGUUACAGAAUAUCGCUGCAUUGGCAGCAACGACAACGCUGGGAUUCUCGCAACCAUCGCUAGCUGCCGACGAUGAACUAAUUGAAGUCUGGUUUGGAUGUGGAUGCUUCUGGCAUGUCCAACAUGAGUUUGUGGAAGCCGAGCGCAAAAUACUUGGACGCUCCGAUAAGGAGUUGACUGCCCGAGCUGGAUAUGCUGGAGGCAAAGCUGGUGCCAAGGAUGGCAAAGUGUGCUACCACAAUGCCGCACAAGUCUCGGACUAUGGAUCGUUGGGGCAUGCCGAAGUGGUUAGUUUGAAGAUUCCAACGUCGUCCUUUCCAGAUUUUGUGGCAGAGUACACAGCAUUGUUCAACAAGGAUGGAUACCGGCCCGAUCAGUUCCAGGAUACCGGACCGGAAUAUCGCAACCUAGUUGGCUUUCCUGGAGGAGUCAAUUCACCCCUCGCCAAGCAGCUUGUGGAGGUUUCCGCGAAGAAUGGCGACAAGCUUGACUUUGCCAAGGGCAAAGGUGACGACUCAGAUGCGCGGGCACUUGUCUUUGUCAUGGACAGUGAUGUCUUCCCCGUGUUUGUCGCAGAGCAAUACCACCAGUUUCAUGAUGGGUUCAACUUUGGUGAGAACUACCCCAAUAGCUACAACGGCUUGGCAUCCACGCUUGCCAAAGAAGGAUCGCUUGGAGAGUCAAAAUGCCCCAAUGGUUUGUUGGGCGUUGGACUACUUGGCCUUUGAGGCGGCCACAGUCAGACCACAUCAUGCAACAAUGAUCAUGGCUAUUGAAGAUGAUGCUUGCUGCACUCUGCAUUCCCCAACACAGAACUACUAGAACUACUCCAUCGGGCUUGAUCUGUAGUGAGUGAUAUUUCUAGAGAGUGGGAGAAUUGGUAUAGCUUCUUGAUGCUGAUGUGGUUGCAGAGAUGGCCAUUGAUUACGUGCAGGCGGGUACGCAGUGUAACGAGCCUCUAGCUAGCUACUAGAAUACUUGAAACAACUUUCUCCUGAUAGAAACAUGCAUGAGUAAUGUAAAUAUUUAAAACAAUAAUUAUACCAGU